CAUUUUGUCUGAGUUUUCAAGUGACGGCUUUUCAACUUGUAAACAAAAAGUUAGACAUAAGAAACAGACGAGUGAAGUAGGUAUUCGAUAUCGCGACAUUUCAUGUACAUAUAUCAGGAGGGUAGGAUUGCUUGGAUUAUUCCUGCUGAGAGCACUAGUUGCAGUUAGCGAAACAUCUGUAAGCUAAAUAGGGCAGAGUGAAAUAUUGGUUUCCUGGCAGAGUUUCUCACCUUCGUUCCUUCGCUGAAAUUAUAUUCUUUUGAUAAGAAACGAGUGCCUAAAUACUUUUAUUGGAAUUAGUAUAAUCAAAACAUAUAUUUAUUUAUGAAUCGGGAAAAAUGAGAACGUUGACCCAUAUAAUCCUGUGCAUCAACGAAUGUAAUUGAAUUUCGGUCAUUCAACCAAAGGAUAUCGAAUACUAAAAGAAAUGUAGGCAACUACGUCCUUCAUUGAAGAAAUAUUAUGUGUGAACUCCAAUCGUCGAUUGAAUUCUCUGUGGAACUUCAUAAAUUUUACAAUGUCGAUUUGUUUCAGAGGGGAAUGUAUCAGGUGCGUACCUCACUGAAAGUAGCAACGAAAUUCACUACCGAAAUCGAGAUUUUAACACAGGAUACAGCAGCUAGCGUAGGAUCUGGAGUUAUUGUUGGAAAUUAUGGUGCAAGUAGACCAUUCCAAAUAUUAUAUCGAAACGAAGAAGUUACUCUGAAAGAUGUCAUUAUGUUUAGAUGUCAUAUACUGGUUGACGGGAAUCACUUGAAGGAGUCACUGGAAAAGGUCGAGUUUUCUUUGUUGGUGGAAUUAUGCUUCAGCGAUUCAUCACCUACUACCAUGAGUAUGGUGUCUUCGCGAGUGCUAACACUGAAUUUCUCACCAAUUGACGGCCUACAUUACCACUUGCCAGUGUUAUUCGACUAUUUUCACUUAUCUGCGAUAUCAUUGACCAUUCAUGCAACAUUGACAGCCUUACAUCAACCUUCAUUGAAGAAAGGCCUAAUGAGAUACGUGAAGAGCUGCACGCCUAAAUCGACUAAGUCAUGGACAAGAACUCGUCCAAUGCAAUGCUCUGUACUAACUGAUCCCGUCCUUCCUUUGAAUAGUAAUAAAGUUUAUACGAGAGUAAAUGAUUAUUCACAAAUACAGUUGGAGGCUUAUAAUCUUUUGAUAGAUGCCAGCAAUAAUUUGAAAGCUACAAUAAAAGAGUAUAGAAUUUUACUGGUCCAGAGAGAGGAAGCCACAACAGAAAAACCGAAUUCAAUGUACGACUUAUAUAAUUUGAAAAAAACUCCGAAACGAAAUGUUCCUUUUAGAGAUAGUUCACCCCUAACCGAAUUAUGUGCCGAAAAUAUUAAACUAUGGAAUUAUUUUUUAUUACAUUAUUCUUGCAAGACCGCCAUUCAACAGAAAUUGAGUAAAAAGCAUCACAGUAUGCGCAUAAGAAGAUUUUCAGAGUUUUUUUUUCUGAUUUACAAUCCCAGAAAGUCUGCCAUCGGAAGUUUUGAUACGAAUUAUCAGAAGUAUCUAUUAAUCGCCGAAAUAAGUAGAAGAUCGAAAUAUAUGCAAACUCUACCAUCUCUUCCUGUUCACUCUAUGGACUUAGACGGAGACUAUACAACAUUGCCAAUAAUAUUCGAAGAUCAAUAUCAAGAUUUCACUGAAGAGUUACAAGAAAAUAAGCGUCAUUCCGGGUUGCUAACAGGAAGUGAAAUGGUUCCAAUAAUGAAAGGUUGUUCAUAUGAAUCAGCAGGAAGGAAGGAAAAGAAGCAUUUGAAAAAAAAUUUGUUGGUCACAGAUAUUUGCGAUUUCACAUUGAAGACACAGGGAAUUCCUUCUAGACAUAGUAAAUCUCUGGACCACUUACGAAUAGAGAAAAAAAAUCAUUCUCAUCAUUCAUUGAAUGAUUCGGAUUUACCUCAAAAUCAUAACCAAGAUAAUGAAAUCCUUUUUCACCAGACCAAUCAUUAUCAAAAUAAAAGAUGUAAAGGUGAAAUUCAAGUGACCAGCGAAAAAUCCUAUUCUGUCAAAAGUUUGAAUAGGGAGAAAUCAUGUAGGUGUUCAACUUCUAGGAACCAUGGUACAAAAUCAGGCUCAAGAAUUGGCAACAGUACGUCCUUACAAAGUUCUGUUGAUAAUAUUUUAGAGAGGGAUUCUAAGAUUGCAAAAAAUAAGAAUAAGAAGGAAAAAGUCAUCAAAUCCUUGACUGAACUCGAAGAUAAAAAAUCAUCCCAAAAACUAAUGAAAUCACUGAGCGAAACAUCAAAUUGUAACAUACAAACUCUACCUCGAUCAAAUUCCGUACAGUAUUUUUCAUCUAAGAAGUUUGUUACAGAUGAAGUAAAAAAGAUAAACCCUGUAGUUGAUAAAUCGAACGAAAACGCUAUUAUCAAAAGUUCUUCCAAUAAAAGAAUAUCAAGCACUCCGACAAAUAAACAGCAUAGACAACGAGAAAUAAAAUACACUAAGCACAAAAAUAAAUCAAAAAAUGGAACAAACGUUAGUUCUAGUAGUUCUGUGGAAAGUUUACCUUGUUUCAAAAAAACCAAUGGUUGGAAUUCGAUAUUAUCUGGGAAGAUGGAUACCAUCAAGAAAUCAAGAAGUACAUCAGAUUUAGAUAAGGAGGAAGUUGUUUCUCCCAUCUUACAUUCAGAAUCACUGCCUUACUUAUUCCCGAAGAUGAACAAUAGAUUAUCAUAUUCGAACGUCAAGUACUUCAGUUCUUCAUCUAGCGAUCAGAGUGGAUGGUUAAGUUCGAGAAGUAGUUCAUCCAGUCUGGAUGUACGUAGUAGAAAGAAUGAAAUUAGUGGUUAUCAGGAGGAUGAACACAUAAGCCAAGUUACGUGUAUGAAAUCCAGAUGUAGUUCAGCUGGUAUCGAUGACCGAAGAAGGGUUAGAAAUAUACCGAGUAAACCUUCGGAACUAUGUUCAGUAGUUCCUCAAAAUAAAGGCUGUGAUAUAUCAAAUCAAAGUAAUAUAUAUGAUGGUAUUGCUUUGUUACCUCCAAAACAAUUCAGGGACCUAGAAUCACCCAGUAUUUCAAUAGCAAAUGGCACUAACAAUGAGGAUGAGCUUACUGGAGUUGAUAACCCUGUUUAUCAUUUAAUUCCCUAUUUUUGUGAAAGGAAACCAAAUACUUAUAUUUAUAAGAAGAGCUUACAGUCUGAAGAAAUCAGUUUCUAUAAAGGCACUAAUGUAGAAAACGAAAACACGUUCAAAAAGGCCAAAUCGGAAUUCAGAAGUCAAUUAAAUUUUCCAGGAGUAAUAUAUUCAGAUUUGAACAUGUUCGCCUCUACUGUUCCUUACUUCCACGUCAGUGACGAGUUCAGAAUAUUCUCCCCAGAAGGAAUGCAUUUAAUAAUAUGUGUUCAUGGCUUGGAUGGUAAUUCAGCCGACCUAAGACUAAUCAAAAUAUACCUAGAGUUAGGAUUACCAGGUGCAUAUCUAGAUUUCCUUAUGUCCGAAAGAAACCAGGGCGAUACUUUCAGCGAUUUUGAUACAAUGACUGAUCGUUUGGUCAACGAAAUCUUACAUUACAUAGAUUCGAAUAAUAUUCGUCCAACAAGGGUCAGUUUCGUCGGCCAUUCCUUAGGAAAUAUCAUUAUACGAUCUGCAUUAACAAGACCACAAUUGAAGUUUCUCCUUCCAAGACUGCACACUUUCUUAUCACUUUCUGGUCCGCAUUUGGGAACUUUGUACAAUUCUAGUGGAUUAGUCAAUAUGGGUAUGUGGUUCAUGCAAAAAUGGAAAAAAUCCGGUUCUCUCCUACAAUUAUGCCUCAAAGAUACUACUGAUUGGAGGCGAUCUUUUUUGUAUACAUUGAGCCAAAAAAGUACAAUUCACCAUUUCAAGAAUAUUUUGUUAUGUGGAUCUGGACAAGACAGAUAUGUACCUCUACAUUCAGCGAGAAUAGAAUUGUGUAAAGAAGCCAUAAAGGACACAACUCAACAAGGUGCUAUUUUUCGAGAAAUGGUACAUAACAUAAUAGCCCCGAUCAUUUCUAAGAAAGAUAUUAAUCUUCUCAGAUAUGAUAUCCAUCACGCCUUACCAAAUACUGCGAAUGCGUUGAUUGGAAGAGCAGCACAUAUCGCUGUGCUAGACUCGGAACUCUUUAUUGAGAAAUUUAUGACAGUUGUAGGAAUUAAAUAUUUUCGUUGAUUUUACCCUUUGUGAAAUAAAUUUGUCAAUAAAUCUCUAAA